AUGUAUUUAUUUAGUGUCCAAAUUUUAGAAAGUUAUCCCCUGCUAUAUUUUAUAUUUUAUAAUAAAAAUGGAGCAGUUCGUUGCGCGUACUUAUGUUGUGCGACUGAUUCAGUCACUUCUUCAAUUUCAUUUACAAGCAAAUAUUCUCCCUUCUUUACUAGACUACUAAUCCAAUUAACGGCGUGGUCUCUCGUGCCCUUCUCGUGUUCGUGGGUGUAUGUAAAGUGUCCUUGGGGAUGGAAUUUAUAUACAUUUACAUGCGCGCUCUCAACUUCAACAAUCUCUGAGCCUGCUUCAAAGCGUUCAACUUUACCAGCCGCAUCCGCAUCAAAACCACUAAAGCCAAAGCCAGUGUACUCCAUUACAAAUACAUACGAUUUAUUUCAAGAAUCUAAACCUCGUAGGUGUAUGUCGCCUUUAAAUUGUUUUACCUUUGGAGAGGAUGGUUUUAGUGCAAUGUCGUCACCUUUUUCGAUCCACAAAUGGGGAAAUUUUGUAAAGUUAUGCACCGCAGAACUUCUACAGUGAUCAUAAAGUUGUUUAUAAGUGGCGUAUUUCGUUCUCUCUGAUCCUCCGACUGUGGUAAAGCUCCGUUUAUCCUUGUCCCAGACCUUUACCUUUUUACAAAAACACUCCACAGGUGUGAUGAAAGCAUAAAGAUGCUUUUCUCGCACUUGUGCCAUAAGAUCUGAUUACAAAAAGACUGUGAGCGAAACCUGCACAUACAGUACAACGUACAGUGCUACACAGUACACACUACACAGCUACACACUUGUAUGCGACGAUUUUCGUCAGCCAAUCAUAUUACAUAGCUACAAUGCCUUAAAGUGGGCUACGUACUGUUUGGUUUGUAGUACUUUUCCCCGACUACUGUUCCUGAUGGACAGUGGUCU